AUGCCUGUCUAUGCUCUGGGCUCAAACGGGUCCGGUCAACUAGGGGUUGGCCACGAUGGCGAUCUCUCUGCGCCAUCACUUGUUGCAUUCCAGGACCUUGACGCCUCCAUAACUUCCAUCAAAGCCGGAGGAAACCACACUUUGAUCCUCACUGAAUCUGGCACCAUUUAUGCUACUGGCGAAAAUACUGAUGGAAGAUGCGCGCUUUCCGCAGAAAAAAACUCCGUCUCAUCUUUCGUUCAAUCUAAUUUGCAGAAGAUGAAUCUCAUUGCAGCUACUUGGGACGCUUCCGUCUUUGCAUCUGCUCACGCCAUCUAUGUUUGUGGAAGCGGUAUGAAAGGCGAAUUGGGUCUUGGACAGAGUGUAGUGAAAGCACCCUCUCCACAGCAGAUUCCAGACUUCCCACCUACAGGUACUCAGAUCAUUGACCUUGCGGCUUGCAUGGGCCAUGUUGUAGUAGUCUUGUCAAAUGGUCAGGUUUAUGGCUGGGGCAAUGGUCUCCACGGCCAGUUGGGAAAUCCUCUUGGUGUAGUCUGGAGCCCUCGUAGACUUGAUGACAUACUUUUCCCAGUCUUCCGCGCUGUCUGUGGAAAAGACUUUACCUGUGUUUUCGGCGAACCUGCCGAUGGGAAGCUACAACUACUUGGUGUGGCAAAGCGCGACAGAUUCAACAUAAAGUCAAGCACUCCUCAGACACUUUCAAAUUGGAUUGAUGUACAAGCCACAUGGGGCGGUGUCUACGUUCUGCUACGUGACAAUAAACUUGUUGCUUGGGGCAGGAAUGAUCAUGGACAGCUCCCGCCUACAGAUAUGCCGGUGACUGCUAUGGCAGCUGGUAGUGAGCACAUGCUCGUUCUGACAACUACUGGAAAGGUCCUAGCCUGGGGCUGGGGAGAGCAUGGUAAUUGCGGCUUGCCUACCGAUGAGCAACGCGAUGUCAAAGGUCGCUGGAAUUCUCUCGAAGCAGGAAAAAUCGUCCAACACAUCGGUGCCGGUUGCGCAACGAGCUGGAUCAUUACCACAUGA